UGUGUGAAUUUUGCAGUAACAUUGCAGUUUAUUACCUUUUUCAAUUGCAAAUACAACCACCAGUUUCUGGUGAAGGUGAAGUGGUUGCUAUGUUAUAAGAGAUGGUUGCUAAGGUGUUGCUAGGAGUUUGCUACAGUAUAAGAGUUGGUUGCUAUGGUACAAGAGUUAGUUGCUAAGGUGUUGCUAGGAGGUUGGUACGGUAUAAGAGUUGGUUACUAAGGUGCUUUUAGGCAGUUGCUAUGGCAUAAGAGUUGGUUGCUAAGGUGUUGCUAGGAGGUUGCUAUGGUAUAAGACUUGGUUACUAAGGUGUUACUAGGAGGUUGCUAUAGUAUAAGAGUUGGUUGCUAUGGUAUAAGAGUUGGUUGCUAAGGUGCUUUUAGGCAGUUGCUAUGGUAUAAGAGUUGGUUGCUAAGGUGUCACUAGGAGGUUGCUAUGGUAGGACAGGGGUGUCCAGUCUUAUCCACAAAGGGCUGGAACUCACCUGAUUCCACUUGUUUAGUCAGUUGCUCAGCCUUUCACCAGCGGAUCGUGUGCAGUCCUGCUUUGUUGGAAUGAAAACCUGCAGCCACUGUGGCUGAGAGUGGACACCCCUGGUGUACGGGAUGUUUACUGAGUGGUUCUUAGGGGGUUCUCAGUUGGUUGCGAGGUGUAAUUGAAAAUGAGGAGCGAGGGAUGAAAAAACGACACAGAGGAGUGCGGGUCAGUACGGCUGUGGAUUAGAGCUCAGGGAUCUGCCUUGAGCGAGGACAUGCAGUUUGGUGGCUGUCAGUCCAAGGACAUAAUAGGAAUUCAUUAGGAGAGAAAAUGAAUGGGAGUCUAUGGGAGGAACGAGGGAUAAAAGACAAACACAUGAGUGCGAGUCAGAACAACAUUGAAUUGGUGCUCGGGGGCCUGUCCUGAGAUAGUGUAUGUGAAGCUGUGUUUGUUUUUCAGUGAGCAGAAAUACAGUGGAGUAGUGCCACUUUUGCACCCCGUUCAUUUCCUUCAUUCAUAAAGGAAAAAUUUGUACUUUAACGAAGAUGAAAACCGAGGGUCUGAUAAACGCUGUAUACGCUGUACCUGUAAGACCAGUUCAUUAGGUCAGUCUGUUUCUCUGUGACUUUAUUAAACAUGUUUGGUUGUUAGUUUGGGUUUGCAGUGUAUUGAUCCAGUUUUUUGCUCAUUUCAGAGUCCUACCGUGGUGGUGAUGGAGAUGGAGGGUCUUUCAGCAGAAGCGCAGUGGACCCCUCUCAAUGAGAAGUCCUGUCAGACAGACGAUCUCUGCCAUGAGGCCACUGUACCUGGGCCGGACCAGGCCAGCAAGACGCCAGUCUAUUCCGUUGAGCCUGGAGACCCUUCGCUGCUGCAGAGACCACUGGAGACAUCAAAGUCUGGCAUCCAGCAGAUCAUUGAAUGUUUUCGUUCAGGUACUACACAGUUGAAACACAUACUGCUGAAAGAGGUGGACACAAUAUUUGAGUGUAAGCUCUGUCGGAGCCUCUUCCGUGGCCUUCCUAACCUAAUUACGCACAAAGAGUACUACUGCUUUCCCAGGCUGCCGGAACCAGAUGAGCACUUGGGAGAUGGCAAACAGAGCCUUGCUAUUAAAGAGCUACUGGAGGCCAUUUACCCCCGGCCAGACAGACAGGACUAUGUGGUGAGGCUGGAGCCCAUAGAGGGCAAUCAGAACGCUGUGUUCCAACAUCUGAUUAAAGAGGACGACCUUGAGUCUCCUUUCCCCUGCAAUAGCUCCAACCACAGCAUGGACAGCUGGAAACACCCCCAACUAGAGAGCCAAGAGCAAGAACAGGAGCACGACAUGGACGGGGAGAGUGACGAAGGAGAAGCCGAGGGAGAGGAAAGUGAAGAAGAAGAAGAAGAAGAAGGAGGUGAGAAGCUUGUAAAGGAGCAGGCUGAAGGAGUAACAUUGGAGGAGAACAAGGAGGAAGAAGAGGGCCGCAGCGAGGGCGUGGAUGAGCAGGUGGUCAACAGCGGCGCGGACGAUGUAACGAUUACGUGCUGCCUCUGCGGCAAAGACUUCAAUUCACGACGUAGCAUCCGCCGCCACUGCCACAAGAUGCACAAGCGACGCCUGGAGGAGCUCCGCAAGUUCACAGAGACUCGUACGGUGCCCAUCAGUCUGUUCUCCGUGGUGAAGGACCGGCAGACGGGCCAGGUGCACGCGCCAUCGCCCAAUGGCAAGUGCUGCCCGGUCUGCUUCAAGACCUUUGCCACCAAAGCCAACGUUUGCCGCCACUUUGAUGAGGUGCACCGUGGUCUCCGCCGCGACCUCAUCACACCCGACAUUGCCACCAAACCAGGCCAGCUAGAGGCUACGCCCCCUCCACACGUUCCUGUCUCACCUACCCCCAAGGUCCUCUCGCCCCUUCCUCAGUAUAACCUGGCUUCCUGCAAGUGCCUCCUCUGCAAGAGGACUUACAGUACGCAAGCUCGGCUCAAGAGACACAUGCGCUUCGUUCACAAGAUCCUCACUUCCAAAAGCCCUUCAACCGACUUGUCAGACACCAUGAAGUCCAUUGCUAACGAGUGCCUCGACGUCAGCCCUUGCCCCUCCAACAACUUAGAACCGGCUGAUCAGGAGUGCCUCAAGAGGCCUAGAGAGGAGGACGAAGACGGCCCCUUGUCACGCAAGCCCAGGCUCUCCAUGGGCUUUGACUUCAGGCAGCUCUUUUGCAAGCUCUGCAAGAGGCAGUUCAGCUCCCGCCAGAACCUGACCAAACACAUCGAGUUGCACACAGACAACGGCAGCGACAUCUUCAUCAAGUUCUACCGCUGCCCGCUGUGCCCCUACGAGUCUCGGCGCAAGAGAGACGUGCUGCGCCACAUCACUGUGGUACACAAGAAGAACUCUGCCUACCUGGCCAAGAUCCUGCCCAGCCUGGAGUCGCGGGCCGUGAAAAAGCCUGCCGAAGUGGUGCUCGGAGGCUCGGAAAAGCGCCGCCAUGCGAAAGAGGAGGUCAACGGCCACAAACCCACUCUGUUACAUGGCCCUCCGAAGGCUGAGUGCUUCCCGCCUUCACCCCUUGUCUCAGCCAAACAGGACCUCCCCCCUCCCUCACCGCCUGUUACGCGCAAACAAAGCCUUUUACCUCGGAUUCCGAACUCCGUAUCCACCAACUCUGAGGAGGUGGAGGACAGCACGGAAGUGCGGGUCACCAAAAACUUCUCUCUGCAUGCGUGUGACAUGUGCGGCCGAGCUUUUGCUAAGAAGGUCUACCUGGAGUCGCACAAGAGGAGCCACCGGAAUGCAGCCAACAGUGACGGCAGGACGACGGGAGUGAACACGCGCUCCAAGUCCCUGCUCGGAUCCUUUUAGACGAGACUUCCGGCAGGACGGAUGGGAAGCUAGAAGUACGUCAGUGACCGAAACCAUGAACUGGACCAUGGAAACGUGCUGCAGUGUAAAUACUCGUCUGUACGUAGGAGAGGAUUAAUUUGUAGCUUUGGCAGUUAAAACUGUGCAGAGGAAUGGAAGUUUACCUGCUUUAAGUGCAUUUUGUUUUACUUUUGUGUGGCAAGCUUCCAUACACACAAACAAAUUUGUAAACUCCCUGCAACUCCACGGUGAUCACAGAACAGUCUAUGGUUAUUUUGGAGGGUUUAACCACUAACCAACCAAUUAGAGAGGACAAAGCAAAAAACAAUCCGUUCUUGCCUGCGGGUUUCGAUUGCUGCCGAAUCCCAAUCUCCAACAUAAGUCUCCAGAAUCCAGUUUUAGUGGAUCAUCCCCAGGAGAAGCUCACGAGAAGGAUCUAUCAGUAGUGCAGCUUGGUGAUG